AUGCCGUUCAGCAAGUGCACGGUGCCACUGUACGACUUAGGCAACGAGAUGUCUUCAAACACUUCGUGCCCAAGUCCUACCAACUGCGCCAAACCCACGCACGCCCUCAUCCGAUCUGGUACGGCUCCCGCCUGUGGCGCAUUCCUGCGCUGCAAGCGCGUUUGCUUGUCCGAGGACCGACACCUCAUGUGGCUAGCCGACCUCACCACUGAUGCUCGUGAAGGCGAACCUCUCGUUGUCAUUGAGGCCCUCUUUGGAGAUCUGCCAGACAUUGGCAGUUUGGUUCGUUGCACGCAUCGAGCGGGCCGGUAUACCGUGGUCGAGGCUACAAGCUCGUUGCCUCGUCAACACUGGAUCUUUCGCAUCCCGGAAGGGGAUCGCUUGACCGUCCUUCUGCAUGCAUUUGCGGUGUUCGAGGAGCUGGGAGAGGUGUGA